CACCUGAACCACUGAGACACAGUGGUGAGCAACGCCUGGUUGGAGACUCUGCUGUCGGCCAUCAACGCUCUGCCCAAAGAGACCAUCAAACAGGAGGUGUUGAACCCUCUUCUCUAUCAGUCUCAGCUGUCUCACUCUCUUCAGGCUCGUCUGGCCAGCUGUCGCAUUUUAGGAAAAGUCGCCUGCAAGUUUGACUCUCAUAUAGUGAAGAAGGAGCUGCUGCCGCUGGCUCGUUCGUUGUGUCAGGACGUGGAGUUUGAGGUUCGCGCCUGUAUGUGUCGUCAGCUGGAGAGCAUCGCUCGAGCGAGCGGGGUGGACGACACCAGGACAGAGCUGCUUCCUGAACUGGUGGAGCUUGCCGGAGAUGAGGAGAGCAGUGUCCGCCUCGCUGCCUUCGACACCAUUAUUAACCUGAUGGAGAUGAUGGACAGCGACGACAGGCUCCAUGUCGUCGUCCCCCUGGUGAUGUCAGUGUGUGAGGUGUCUUCGUCACAGGCGGACGAGGCCGUCGUGGCGUCUUUGUCGUUCCAGUUUGGGAAGCUCUGCAGCGGACUGGCAGGCUCUCUGACGGAUGAGCAGAAGGGUCGGCUGCUGCAGAGGUUUAAGGUGCUGUGUGUCUCCGGACUGCAGGCUGAAGGAAACCAGACUGAUGGAAACGAUUCGACGCUGAUCCGCUGCAACUGCUGCUACAACCUGCCGGCCAUGGUGGUGUUCGCAGACUCAGCUCACUUCCUGUCUGAGCUCUACCCAUCUUUCUCCAGUCUUUGCUGUGACCAGGAGGUCAGCGUUCGACGAAGUGCUGCAGCUAGUUUCCACCAGGUGGUGAAGCUGCUUGGUUCAAACGUCCAGCUGGUCCACAAGGAGCUCCUGGCUCUGCUGCAGGACGAUGCUCUGGAGGUGUUGGACGCUCUGAUGAAUCACCUGGAAGAAACUCUGGAGGCGGUUCUUUCCAGGGGAGAGAAUCUGACGCUGGACAACAAGUUCCCGGAGCUGCUGUCGGCUUUGCUGAUGGCGGAGCAGAAAGUCGGGAGUUCUCUGCGCUGGCGGCUGCAUGAGAAGCUGCUGCAGCGUUACAGCUGUCUGGCCCGACUGCUGCCCGGAGAACUGCUGCACCAGAGCUUCUCCCCGCGUAUCUUCACCAUCCUUACCACCAACAAGGUGUUGCCGGUUCAGAAGGAGGCAGCUCGGACCUUUUGUACAUUUCUGCGUUACAACCGCAAACAGGAGCAGCGACAGGAGAUGAUGGAGCGACUGAUCCAAGAUCUGGCUCAGGGUCGGAGCUACUGGAACCGUCUGAGGUUCCUCGAUGUUUGUGAAAUGGCCACUGAGAUUUUCUCCAGAAAAUACUUUAACAAACAUUUCCUGAUCCCGGCGCUGGACUUGGUCCAUGACCCUGUCGCCAACGUCAGGUACAAGCUGUGCCAGCUGUUGCCCAGAUUACGUUCAUCGCUCCGCCUGCCGGCUGACAAACAACUGCUGCAGCAGCUAGACUUCUGCGUCCAGAAACUCCUCUGCAGAGAGAAAGAUAAGGAUGUGGUGGCCACCAUCCGCAAG